AUGCGUUUUGCAACCUCUACUAUCGUCAAGGUCGCCCUUCUGCUCGGCAGUCUCUGUGUCGAUGCCGCAGUGAUGUGGAAUCGCGAUGCCGGCAGUACUGAUCUGGAGGCGCGGGCUAGCUCCGGGUAUCGCUCCGUCGUUUACUUUGUCAACUGGGCAAUUUACGGGCGCAACCAUAAUCCUCAGGACCUUCCUGUUCAGAGGCUCACGCACGUCCUCUACGCCUUCGCCAAUGUGCGUCCUGAAACUGGGGAAGUCUAUAUGACCGACUCUUGGGCCGACAUUGAGAAACAUUACCCCGGUGACUCCUGGUCUGAUACCGGCAACAAUGUCUACGGUUGUAUCAAGCAGUUGUAUCUUUUGAAGAAGCAGAACCGUAACCUCAAGGUCCUCUUGUCUAUUGGCGGGUGGACCUAUUCUCCCAACUUUGCGCCGGCGGCUAGUACCGAUGCUGGACGGAAGAAUUUUGCGAAGACUGCGGUGAAGCUGCUGCAGGACCUGGGAUUUGACGGGCUGGAUAUUGAUUGGGAGUACCCUGAAAACGACAAGCAAGCGAACGACUUUGUUCUGUUGCUCAAGGAAGUGAGGACUGCGCUCGACAGUUACAGUGCUGCAAAUGCCGGCGGACAGCACUUCCUUCUGACUGUGGCAUCUCCAGCUGGUCCUGACAAGAUCAAGGUCCUGCACCUCAAAGACAUGGAUCAGCAGCUGGACUUCUGGAACCUCAUGGCCUACGAUUACGCGGGCAGCUUCUCCUCCCUCACCGGUCACCAAGCCAACGUAUACAACGACACCUCCAACCCCCUCUCCACUCCAUUCAACACCCAGACCGCACUCGAUCUGUACCGCGCCGGCGGAGUCCCCGCAAACAAAAUCGUCCUGGGCAUGCCUCUCUACGGCCGCUCCUUUGCCAACACCGACGGACUCGGCAAGCCUUAUAACGGCGUUGGCCAGGGCAGCUGGGAGAAUGGAGUGUGGGACUACAAGGCGCUCCCGCAGGCUGGUGCCACGGAGCAUGUCAUUUCCAACAUCAUGGCGAGCUAUAGUUAUGACGCGACGAACAAGUUCCUGAUCAGCUAUGACAACCCUCAGGUGGCGACUAUGAAGUCUGGCUAUAUCAAGUCCUUGGGACUGGGAGGCGCCAUGUGGUGGGACAGCAGCAGCGAUAAGACCGGAAGUGAUAGUCUGAUUACCACGGUAGUAAAUGCACUUGGAGGCACGGGAGCCUUUGAACAGAAUCAGAAUGAAUUGGACUAUCCGGUGUCGCAGUAUGAUAACUUGCGCAAUGGCAUGCAAACCUGA